CUCGAUUAAUAAACCUUAAAAAACCUAAAUUGAUAUAUAAUCCAACCCGCUUGUUAAACGGGCUUCAGGCAUGGUUGUUGCGAUUCUUUAUUGUGGAUUUUCAAUUUCUUCGCGCUUUUUGAACUGAUCUCCUAGGUCUGCUAACCUCGGCGAACAUCCGGCAGCCGGAAAAAUCUAUGAAUCGCCGUCGAUCGGUUCCCAUUCAGAAUUAGGGUACCACAUAGGGCUUGUAUUGGCAUUUUGUUGGCCAUAGACUGAAAAAAAUGGAAGUUUCUAAAAGUUUCAUCGACAAGAUCAACAGUGAAUUCACUAGUUCCUUGCAUUUCGCUUCCCCCUUACCUGGUUCUCGUACAAACGAAUUUGAUCUGGUGAGAGGUGUUUUACAGAUACUUCAAGGGUUUUCAAGCUGUUUGUUUUACUGGGAGAAGGGGAUCGGGCAGGGUUAUCGUGCGAGAAAGGGGUUAUAUGUUACGCAUCUCUCUCAGACAAGUCUUGGUAUGGUCUUGGAUCAAUUUGUUUAUUCAGCAACAUGCUUGAAAUUGGUAGAGCUUAGGCUCUGUGAGAUAGAAGAUAUGUCUGGCAGGUCGAGGUCGCCUCCACCUACCUUGAGAGCAUUCGCUUCCUCAGCUUCUGCUUGGCUUAGAAAAUUACGCGAUAUUGCUUUGACAGAGGAACUAAAGAUGAACAACUCUAAUACUGGGACUGCUCCGACCAUUUUGGGAUUGGGAAAUUCUUUAACAAGGCUUUGUGGUGGAGCAGAAUAUUUAUUGCAGAUAGUGCAUGGUGCCAUCCCGAUUGAAGGUGAUACACCUCUCUCAUCUGCUGAAACGGCCGUUCACAUUCUCAACCAUCUUUAUGAAAAGCUUAAUGAUGCUUGCCUUGUGCAAGGUGGUGAGGAAGAUUCAUACAGGAUGCUACUCUAUAUCUUUGUUGGAUGUUUACUGCCAUAUAUUGAGGUUCUUGAUUCCUGGAUUUUUGAGGGAAUACUAGAUGAUCCCUUUGAGGAGAUGUUCUUUUAUGCAAACAAAACGAUUGGUAUAGACGAGGCUGAAUUCUGGGAGAAGAGUUACCUGUUAAGAUCAACACAGCAUAAGAAGCUAAGUGCGGCUCACUUGAUCCAGCAUAUUCCUAUCACAUCAACACUUGUUGGUAGGCAUCACGAGAGCAUGACUCAUCAGCUAAGCUUGUCAGAAAUAUUUUGUUUGUCAUUAACAGCUCUGAUCGGUCAUGGUGAUCACAUGUCUGAAAUCUUUUGGAAAAAUGAUAAAAUUGUUUCUGCAACUUCAACGGAGAAAUUAUUAGCAGCAUACUCGGAGAAGAUUUGGCAUAAGUUUUUGGUUGAUGCACUCAACAACGACAUGAAAGUAGAACAGAAUCUAGAUUUGGUUGUUCCAUUUCAGCCUCUUCUUAGCUCCUUUUGUCCUGAAAAUCCCACUAUAACUGUAUGCCAAAAGGUUCUUCAAGCAAAAGCAAAUACCCACGAUUGGAAUUCAUUAAACCUUUCUAAAAACUACAUUCUCCCUCCUUUGAAUGAUGACAAAUUGAGGAAAGCUAUAUAUGGUGAAGAGUUUAUGACAGCUAAAGGAACAAAUUAUGCCUGUGGUUUUCCAUUUGGUGAUCCUCGCGCUCAACAUGGCAUAAAGGUGGUGGAAUCUUUAUUUCCAUUUCCGACUAUCCUUCCGUCCUUUAAGUGGAAACAGGAGGAGCUUAUGAUGUCGGAGGUUUUACCAUUCCAAAAAAACAGCACCCUUGUGUCAAAAGUCCUUGGCUGGAUUCAAACUGUUGAACCAAAAUCUACUCCACUUCCUGUUGUUAUUUUGAGGGAAUGCCUUACGUUUUAUAUCAAGAAGCAGGUAGAUCAUAUCGGCAAUCAGAUAUUGUCAAAGUUGCUAUAUGACUGGAAAUUGAUGGCUGAGCUGGGAGUGCUGCGUGAUGUAUAUUUGUUAGGCUCUGGUGAUCUUCUGCAGCAUUUCUUGACAGUAGUUUUCAAUAAGCUGGACAAAGGAGAAUCAUGGGACGAUGAUUUUGAGUUGAACACAGUGUUACAGGACUCGAUACGCAACUCUGCUGAUGCCACAGUACUAAGCUCACCAGAUUCCUUAGUUGUAUCUUUAACAAAAAGUGAUGGAGAUGCUCAACAGACUACUACUACUGCAUCAUCAUUUCUUGUCUCAAGUCCCCGUAAAAAUCAUCGUGCACAGGUCUCUGGAAUCAAUGACCUUGACUCCCUUAACUUCACAUACAAGGUCUCGUGGCCGCUUGAACUUAUAGCUAAUGCUGAAACUCUAAAGAAAUACAACCAGGUGAUGAAUUUCUUAUUGAGGGUUAAGCGUGCAAAAUUUGUCCUGGAUAAAGCUCGAAGAUGGAUGUGGAAGGAACGAGGUACACCAACAGUCAAUCGCAAGCAUAGAUGGUUGGUGGAGCAAAAACUUCUUCAUUUCGUUGAUGCGUUUCAUCAAUAUGUUAUGGACAGGGUAUACCAUAGCGCAUGGCGUGAAUUAUGUGAAGGAAUGGCAGCUGCCGGAUCUCUUGAUGAAGUGAUUGAGGUUCAUGAGGCAUACUUGCUGUCAAUUCAACGCCAGUGCUUUGUAGUUCCAGACAAGCUGUGGGUGUUGAUUGCGAGCCGGAUCAACAGUAUACUUGGACUAGCACUAGACUUCUACUCGGUGCAGCAGACUUUGAGUAGCGGUGGAGCUGUUUCUGCAAUCAAGGCCAGAUGUGACAAGGAAGUCGACCGCAUUCACAAACAAUUUGAUGACUGCAUCGCCUUCCUUCUCAGGGGUUAA